GUAAACAAGGAGCACGAUGAACGAGUCAAGAUACUUAGAUGGAGUAGCCUAUACUCAUUAAAUAUGUAUGUUAUUCAGAUGUGAAUAAAUAUACGAACUUUAUGUUUAUAUCUGAGGAUGUCUGAGGUGAGGCGUUUGUGCUUCUUUUCACGAGUAUAGACUGAUAAAACUGACCGACUUUACACGAAUCUCACUUAUUAGCGUGUUCUGCAGCUCUGAGAACCAUUUUCCAUAACAUUCUGACAACAAAAAAAGUCGUAUACCUGUUUGAUUUAUUCUUAGUUUCGGUCGCAGAGGUUUCUGAGGGAGUUUCUUUUCAAACAGGAAGCUGCUCAGCAUCUCUCGCGCUCUCACACGCAGUCGAAUCAUCAGUAGAGCGCGAGCGCAGCUGACUGACAGUUGGUUCCGUUGCCUUAGAAACUAGCGUAACUAUCGCUAACCGUUUUUAUUUCGCAGAAAACUAACGUGGGAUCGAUUAAUUGCAAACUUUUCGUUUCUUUUUACUUCUCAAAUAACUUUUUUUUGAGGGAAAGUUGGAUUGAAAACUUGUCCAAUGAGUAAUUUUUACGAAAAUCCCGACGGUCAAGAAGAACUGGACUUUCCAUUACUUUUCUUGUACAACCAACCUGGCAACGACUUACCUCCAGAUGACCAAGCUGAUGAGUCUGGCGUCCCCUCCAACCAUGGCACCAAUCAAACUUCCCCAUGCAUUCAUCAAGACCCUUCUCUUUACGGUGAAGAGUCCAUUUCCCAGAUUUCCCACCAUCUCCCUGCCGAUGACCUUCUCACUUACGAGCAAUCUGAUCUCAGACAGUCUCUCGGUCACUCCUCCCUGCUUGCCGCCCACCCUGGAGCCCUCCAAGGCAACAGCCCGAGAAUUGAAAUCACCUGCCCUGACCUGCACCACCAUGACCAUGUUCUCACCAACCCUGUAAACAUCAAUCGGCCCAUGCUCACCGUUCCAGGGUACGACAUGCCCUACAGGGAGAGCCAAUGCCUCAGUCCGGCUAGUAGCACCUCCUCUACUAGCUGGCAUUCAGAUGGCUAUUCUCCAGGAACAUACUCACCCUGCAUCUCUCCCGGAGGUGGUGAAGGAAGUCUGGUCGGAGUGACUGAAGCCGACCUUUGCCCGAUGAUGCAGGCCAUCCAAGCCUCAGGUUCUCCCAACACGUCCCCUCGCACCAGCAUCACAGAAGACACCGUCCUCGACCGCCGCUCAUCCUCUCCACGUUCUCGCUCGGCUUCUCCGCAGGGCAAACGCACCUAUGUUCAGACUCAAAAUCUCCAUUUUGGCCGAGACGAGCCCACUGAGUUCUAUGCACUGGCAAACUUGGAGGAUUCCAUAAACAACCUCACCAGCUUGACUAAACCGAUCCCUACUAAGAUUGUCAGGCCUAAUCUAGAGUAUUCUGUCUACACGGAAAGCCAGGCGGGCAUGUUCCCAACCAUGACGGAAGUGAAAAAGGAAUUCACUAUGGAAUCAUGCUAUUUCAUGCCAGCCAACUGGUCCAGUCAGGCUCUCGCAGGGGUUUGUAGUAUGCCAGUGGCAGCCUUGCCAGCGCUGGACUGGCCUCUCCCCAGCAGCAGUGAGCAGUAUGAGCUCAGAAUAGAGGUUCAACCCAGACAACAUCACCGGGCCCACUACGAGACGGAAGGAAGCCGAGGAGCCGUCAAAGCAUCUGCCGGAGGCCAUCCUGUCGUUCAGUUGCGAGGGUACACCGGGAUGGAGCCUCUGGCUCUACAGGUCUUCAUCGGCACGGCUGACGACAGGAACCUCAGACCUCACGCAUUCUACCAGGUCCACCGCAUCACCGGCAAGACCGUCACCACCAACAGUCAGGAACGAAUAUUGAGCGGAACCAAAAUCCUAGAGGUGCCACUGGAGCCCAAGGAGGACAUGAGAGUUGUAGUUGACUGUGCUGGUAUCCUGAAACUGAGAAAUGCCGACAUUGAGCUGAAGAAAGGAGAGACGGAUGUCGGACGGAAAAACACACGAGUGAAAUUGGUCUUCCGUGUCCACGUUCCUCAACCCGGAGGCCAGUGGCUCUCUCUCCAAGUGGCCUCGCAGACUAUUGAGUGCUCUCAAAGGUCGGCCCAUGAGCAGCCAGCGGUAGAGCGUCAGGACAUGGACCACUGUUCGGUUCUGGGUGGACUGCAGAUGAUCCUAAGGGGCCAGAACUUCACUUCAGAGUCCAAAGUUAUCUUCUUUGAGAAAACGCAUGUUGACUUACAGAUAUGGGAGGCGGAGGCGAAAGUUUACAGAGACAAAAGCACGUCUAACCUGCUGUUCUUGGAAAUCCCUCCAUAUCGGGACCCCAACAUCUAUCACCCGGUCAAAGUCAGCUUUCACGUGCUGAAUGGGAAGAAGAAAUGCAGCCAGCCUCAAAACUUCACCUACACGCCCCUCUCAGUGCCGCAGAUUAAAGCAGAGCCGCUUGAAGAAUACCAGUACGCACAGUUAGGCUGUACUGUGCGUCCCGUCAUGGGCAUUUCUCCUCCCUCUUCCCAUCUUGCGGACGGUUGUAUGAUGCCCUCCGGGCCGUCGUACCAUCGACCUCAAUCUGGCAUGUAUCCCGCUGUCCCACAACACCACCUCGAGCACGCAUCCAUUCGCUACCAGGUGCCAGGAAUUCUCGCUGGCUCCCCGGGUCAUGCUUCGUGUAUGGCAACCACACAUAGUGCAACCUCGGUGUCUACGUUUGUGUCUAACACCUACCAGCACACCAUAGCAGGUGACAGCAUCCAAACGGCCGCCUCGUUAUUUCCCACCCUUGACGUGUCAGAGCUCUGCUCCGCUGGGGCCUAUCAGAAGGCGUACGGCUCAAGGGCGUCCCCAACCACAGGGAGGUCCCCACCGGCCCGCAGCCAUCAGCAGACAUACCUGCCCGUGCAGCAGCAGAGAAACGUCAGCCCUGUGAGAGUCACCAUCAAGCAGGAGAACCUGGAUCAGGCCUAUCUGGAUGAUGUGAAUGCUGUUAUAAGAAGGGACCUUGUUCAUAAAAAUAAGCUCUAAUGUGGAAGACAAAUCAACAUCCCCUCUCAUGAAACAGCAUCAGGCUGAUGAAGACGUCUUGGCAUUGAUCUCUAUUUCAGUUCCUUGUUUUUCAUCAUAUCUAUGAUUUGUACACAAAAAGAUGAUUUCAGUAAGAUCACAUUAGACAUAAUAUCAGUGUGUUUUGUUAUUGUUUAUAUAAUGCCUAUUUUCUCAAAUCAUGUUUUUAAUCAAAGAGCAACUUUAUGAGACAUAUUUAUCAAUGUGUAUUUCAAAUAAAAUGUUUUAAAGUGGCUGUUACUUUGUUGGAACAAACUAAAAUGCAAACCAAUCUGGCAGAUAAUUAUUAGUAAACUGGAUGCUGAUUAGUUAGUAGUUACUACUAGAUAUUCUAACACAGCUGAUGUAAUCAUAAUUAUACUUAAAUAUGUUUAUAUUUGUGUCCUUAAUUUACGUAAGAAUUAUGAAAGCUUUUCUGUAAUAUUUAAAAUGCAAAAUUGUUGUUCAUGCAGUUUUAUAUUUGUUUCAAGAGUUCCAGAUUCAUGAAAAUGUUCUUAAGAAAAAAAGUGUUAUCAAUGUAUCAAGUUCAUAGUUUUAAAUACAAUUCUCAAAUACUUAA